AUGGGCUCGCACAGUACCAUUAACAAGGCCGCACCCGGCGUGCCCUUUUACACGCCCGCACAAGAGCCGCCCAUCGGCUCCGCCGAGGAUGCCGGCUCGCCGCCGCCCUCGCUUCUGCAGCCGAUCAAGGUGCGAGGGCUGGAGCAGCAGAACCGUGUCGUUGUGUCGCCCAUGUGUCAGUACAGCGCCGACGACGGACACCUAACCGACUACCACCUGGUGCACCUGGGCCAGCUGGCGCUGCACGGCGCGGGGCUCGUCUUUGUCGAGGCGACGGCCGUCGAGCCGCGCGGCCGCAUCAGCCCCGAGGACAGCGGGCUGUGGAAGGACUCGCAGAUUGCGCCGCUCAAGCGCAUUGUCGACUUUGCGCACAGCCAGAAUGGGAAGAUUGGCAUCCAGAUCGGGCACGCCGGCCGCAAGGCAAGCACGCUCGCGCCCUGGCUCGGCGGCACCGCCACCAAGACCAUUGCCGACAAGGCUGCCAACGGCUGGCCAGACGAUGUCGUGUCUCUCAGCCCGAUUCCGUUUGCCGACGACCACGCCGCGCCCAAGGAGCUGACAAUCGCCGAGAUCAAAGGUCUCGUGCAGGCGUUUGCCGACACGGCCAAGCGCGCCGUCACGGCGGGCUUUGACACCAUUGAGAUUCAUGCGGCGCACGGCUACCUGCUGAGCAGCUCGCUGUCGCCACUAAGCAACACACGCACCGACGACUACGGCGGCAGCUUCGAGAACCGCACGCGGCUGCUCAAGGAGGUGAUUGGCGCGGUGCGCGGCGUCAUCCCCGAGACGAUGCCACUGUGGGUGCGCGUGUCGGGCUCCGAGUGGAUGGAGUCGGGCGGCGCGCCGUCGUGGGACCUUGCGAGCACGAUCCGGCUGGCCAAAGAGCUUCCGGCGUUGGGCGUCGACGUGCUCGACGUCAGCAGCGGCGGCAACUCGGCGGCACAGCGGAUCCCCCACGACAACAAGCGCUUCCAGUCGGAUCUGGCCAAGGCGGUGCGGGAAGCGCUCGCGGCCGAGGGCUCGCCGCUGCUCAUCGGCACCGUCGGCUUCAUCACGGAGGGCCAGACGGCGGCGAGCUUGGUGCAGGAGGGAGGCGCGGACCAGGCGGCCGACUUUGCGCUUGUGGGUAGGCAGUUUCUGCGUGAGCCUGAGUGGGUGCUGCGCGCGGCGCACGAGCUCAAGGUCAAGGCCAAAUGGCCGAUCCAGUAUCACCGCGCUGGGCCGCCGGCCAGCUUCGAGCGCCACUUUUGA